UCCAUUCCAGAGCGCCACACGUGUUCAAGAAAUGUUUUUGUACUAUUUUGCCGAAACAAAUUCAUACCAUUCAAACUUUGCAUAAAUUAUAAUGAAAAUCUUUCUUUUUAUACACUGACCGAUCAUAGUGACAUGAUAAUGCACCGAUCCUUAUCGUUGGCCAGUGGUCACCGAACUGGGGUUUCGUCAUUUGUCCCUGUUUUGGCGCAAUGGGGACGAAGGAGGAAGGUGACCGUGACAGGCAAGUCGAGCGGCGGUGACAGUUCUUCCAAGGGGCCUGAGGACCAUCUUCGCACCAGAAAUGUCGGGAUUAUGGCUCACAUCGAUGCUGGAAAGACGACCACAACAGAGCGGUUCUUGUACUACUCGGGCGUCAUAGGAGCCCCUGGUGAGGUCCAUCAUGGCGACACUGUGACAGAUUUCCUACCUCAAGAAAGGGAACGCGGAAUCACAAUCCAAUCCGCGGUCGUGUCUUUUCCGUGGAAGGGUUACAAAGUAAAUCUGAUUGACACGCCUGGUCAUGUCGACUUCACCUUUGAGGUCCAGCGAAGCUUAAGAGUUGUAGACUCAGCGGUGACCAUUUUAGAUGCAUCGGCCGGAGUGGAGGCUCAAACACUGACAGUUUGGAGACAAGCAGCACAGUAUAAUCUUCCAAAAUUAAUUUAUCUCAAUAAAAUGGACAAGAAAACAUCCUCCAUUGAACAUAGUUUGGAUUCUAUAUCUUCCAAAUUGAAAUGCACUCCAAUUCUGCUUCAGUUCCCUUUUUACGAGAAUGUGCAACAUGAACGACAAGGUUCUGGUUCUGGUCUGCGAGGAAUUGUCGAUUUGAUUGAGUUAAGAAGACUAAUUUUUUCGGACAGUAAAGGGGCCAAUAUUAGCUCGGUUGAUGUAGCCAAUGAUGUGGAAUGGAAGAAAAGAAGGGCCCAACUGGUUGACCUCGUGGCAGAUUUGGACUCCAAACUGGCGGAUCAUAUCAUUGAGAAUGAAUCAGUUGAUGACGUGUCUUCCGCAGAACUUCACAGCGCAGUAAGGAGGGUAACCCUGUCCAGCAAAGGAGUGCCCGUCCUGCUCGGAAGUUCAUAUAAAAAUGUGGGAGUUCAACCCCUAAUGGAUGGAAUCCUUCGCUACUGUCCACACCCAUCUGAAGGUAUCACUCGUGAUCCGGUCCUCUCAGCUUAUGGGUCGGAGCUCUGCUCAUUUGCAUUUAAAACAAUGCACGACCCGCAACUUGGACCCCUUACGUUCCUCAGAGUAUUUACUGGCACCAUCCAAUCAGGUCAAAAAGUAUACAAUGUAAGUCGUGGAAAGCACGAGAAAAUCAGCAAGGUUUACCUUCCUAUGGCUGAAGAGCUUCAAGAAACUGGAGAAGCUCUUCUAGGCGAAGUUGUGAUCGUAUCAGGACUCAAGGAAACCAUUACUGGCGACACACUUGCCUCCUCUCAUACUGUUAGUGUUGCAGUUUCCAAAAAGUUGAGAAAAAUUGGACAUGUUCACUCUGGAGGAGAAGAAGGGCCGACUAGUCGUGGAGCUGUUUUAGGUGGUGUCCACGUACCAGAACCCGUUUUCUUUUGCUCUGUGGAACCUGCUUCAAUUAGUCAACAAAAAGCGUUAGAAGCCGGUUUGGAAUGUCUAAAGCGAGAAGAUCCUAGCUUACAAGUGCACACAGAUCCUGAUAGUGGCCAAAUAAUUCUAUCAGGAAUGGGCGAACUACAUCUUGACAUAAUUCACAAACGCCUUCAAUCCGAUUUUAAGGCGGACGCCGAUCUCGGAAAAAUCCAAGUAGCCUACAAAGAAACGAUUUCAUGUCACGCAAUGAAACGGACCGUAUUCGAGAGGAGACUGGCUGAUCAAAAACAUUCUGUUUGCAUAGAGUUGGAGUUAAAUCCAGUUGCACAGGGGGAUUCGAAGCUCAAAAUUUAUCGAGGACGAGACAAAGAGAAGGGAGAGAACCUGAGUAUGUUGACUGAUAAACAGAUUAAGCAUAUUCAAAGUGGGAUAGAUUCUGUCCUACGAUUUGGACCAAAGCUUAGUUUCCCGAUGAUUAACGUGGAAGUGACACUGCAUUGGUUUGAAACCACUCGUGGAACAUCUGAUACAAUCAUUGAGGCUGCGUCAGCAUCCUGUUUCCGAGACUGUAUCAAGGACACUAACAUUUACCUCUUAGAACCCAUCGUAUCACUGGAGGUGACGGUAGACGAAAAUUAUCAGAGGGUUGUUCUGGAUGAUCUCAAUAGGAGAAGGUUCGUCCUGGAGAUUAUUGAUGUGCGUCACGGGAAUAAGGUCAUAACUGGAACUGCUCCACUUAGUGAACUUCUUGGCUAUUCUACCAUCCUUCGUACCAUUUCAUCUGGUCUGGGGACCUUCUCGAUGCACUUUAGUCAUCACCAAUUAGUCAAUCCAUUGGAGGAACAGAAAAUUGUGACGCUUUUAAGAGGAUUUUAAUAUAAUUAAUCAUUAAUAAAUAAAAUAACAUGACUUUACACUACACAUCGUAAGGUCCGGAUAGUUUGCAUGAGAUUUAUGUGUCCAAAAAAAUACUCCAUUAUAUGCAAUCCGUAGUACCCACACAGCAAAUGAGGCCAUGUAUUGUAUUAAAUGACACGCUAAAACAUA